GUGGUUUACACACAUUUGAACUGGACAAUUAUCAAUAUUGAUCUCGAAGUUAACAUAACAAUUGAACAUGAGUAAUGUGAAUAUGUUUUGAAUAUGGGUUAAAAAGGUAGCCUAUGCUACAUAAUUUAGGUUAGGCUACCUACAUAAUGAUGAAUGCAGUGCAAGUCAGCCAAUGCUAAACUGACAGACAGACACAUUUUCUUGAUUUUUUUUUGUUUGUUUCAAUCUCAAACACGCGUUUAUUCCUGCCUCAUCAACGAAUCGCAGAACUGUAAGGUCUAAUGGAAAGCCUAUCCAGCAAUUUGAGCUCCGCCCACAGAAAGUCCGUCCUGUGUUGACUAUAUAAACUGUGACCCAUCCUCGGCAUGUUCACUGUAGUUGCAGGGAUUUCUAUGAUCGGCCAAAUGGUUGUCCAAGUUAAAAGCAACUCUCACUGCAGCAAAGCAAUGAUGGAUGGUGCCAACGUCCUGCUGCUUGGGGCAGAAAAUGUUGGGAAAUCAGCUCUCACUGUGAGGUUUCUCACAAGAAGAUUUAUUGGUGAAUACGGAGAUAUUGAGUCAAUAUACAGUCACAUCGACAAAAUUGAUGGCCGAGACAUUUCUUUCAACAUAUGGGAUUCGUUGUAUCCACAGAACUGUGUCACACCUGAGUCUAUCAGCGAAAAGCAACUUCAGUGGGCAGACGGAGUGAUUCUGGUCUACAGCAUCUGUGACCGCGCAAGUUUCGACGUCGUGCGGCAACAGGUGCAGCUCAUCAGGCAGUCGAGAAAGAUGUCAGCCAGCGCGCCGAUUAUCAUAGUCGGAAACAAACGCGAUCUUCAGCACCAGCGAGCAGUCUCAAGUGAGGAGGGUCGACUCUUUGCCUUAUCGGCAGAUUGCAGUUUCUUCGAGAUAUCUGCUGCCGAGGCGUACCAUGGUGUGAUGCUUGUAUUCCACGAACUGCUGGAACUGAUCAAAGAGUCCAGGGCACUCAAGAAAGGUGUUGUUGGUAUUAAGGGGAUUGUGAGGACCGUGUCUGCUGUGUUUGGGAAGAAACGAGCCGAAUAGAUCCCUAUGUCUGUAACGUUUUUUACAAAGAGAGAGAAUAGAUAGGCCCAAUUAGCCGGCAAAAGGGCCGGUCGCCGCUUGGGCUGGCCUGGCGAUGAUGUGGGCGCGCGUUGACAGACAAGUCCUGAAAGAUCACAAGAAGGUAAAAGUAUGUUGGAAGUUAAAUGGUCAAGUGACCAACGAAUCUGCAAAGGCCUUCGAUUUAAAGUGUGGGACAGGAACCCUGUUGAGAAUUGAGUAACUUUACUUGGAAGGUGUGCUCUAGCGCAGCAAGGUGUUAUCAUGUUGAGGUGACCUCCAUGCCGCUCAUCUAAUGUUUAUUGCGCGAAAAAUCUGAAGACUGAUGGACUAUGAAAGUGUUGCAAUUAUGAUUUGGGUUAGGCUACUGUCAGUCUAAGUCAAUUUUCUUUAUUGGUGCUAUGCAUCAGCAUUUUGUAAAUAAAGAUUGGAAUUUUCUUAUGGAUGUAAUUUGUUAUGAGUAUGCUACAAAGUACAGGACUGUCUAUAGGAUUGACAGUGAAUUUCUGUCUCUCUGUUUCAUGUCUUCAUAUUCAUUGUCAAUUUAGUAUUGUGCUUUACCCUACAACAAAGCAAAAGGAGGAUAAUUAGACAAAUUAGGCAUUUGUUUGCAGGAAUAUUUGUCAAAUGUUUUCAAUGUACUGUAAUAAACACUAUUUCUUUGAUUCUGAUGAA